GCCCUCUCCCCUCAGGAAGGAGCUGCUGUGAGCUGCCCAGCCAAUGGCACACUUGCCUGUGACCUGACUGCCUGAUAGCCAACACAACUAAUCAGGCAUCUAGUCCAUGCCGCUCUGCUCUGCUUGCGGGACACAAGGCGGGACAAGACAUGCACAUUACGUGACAUCCGAGAUCAGACUUGUUAUUAGCGACCUACCUAACUCAACUCAUCGACGCCACCUCUAUCAGGUCCUGUUGGACAUAAGCACACCGCAGGGCCCGGGGCAAAAAAACAAAUCAUCAUAAACUCCAUCAUCUUGGCCCGGCCCAAUUGUCCACCAUGAAAGCACUCGUCCUCGACGCAGACAACAAGACCGCCACCGUCCAGGACCUGCCCAUCCCCCCCACGCCCGGCCCCAACGAGCUCCUUAUCGCGGUCAAGGCCAUCGCCCUGAACCCGGUCGACGCCCUCUACACCUCGCAGCCCCUUGGCGCCACAGGCCGUAUCGUGGGCAGCGACUUCGCAGGCCUGGUCGUCGCCCGCGGCCCCAGCCCCAUCAGCCCACCACAGUCCCCAUCCGACUCCAGGAACCCCACGGAGCCAGCCUGGCCGCCCCCCAAGUUUGUCCCCGGCGGCAGCAGGCUCCGCCGCUCCUCCACCACCCUGUCCUCCCGCAUCAUCAACCGUGGUGACAGGGUCGCAGGGUUCCUGCAGGGCGCCUGCAGCGUCAACGACCGCCCCGGUGCCUUCGCCGAGUAUGUCGUGUGCCCUGCCGACCUCGUCUGGCGCGUGCCGGGGAACGUGUCCUACGAGCAGGCCGCGGCCGUCAGCCUUUGUGCACUCACCGCCGCCCAGGGCCUGUUCUUCCGGAUGGGCCUCGAUGCGCCCUUCCGGUGGGAGGACGACUCGGACGAGGGGGUGCUGAAGCGCGUGCGGAGCGAGGAAUGUACUGCAUCUGACGUCAGUACAGGUGCGCAGCAGCAGCAGCAGCAGAGCGUCAUCAUCUCUUUCUUCGUGUCGGGUGCAUCGACCUCCGUGGGGUUAUACGUUGCACAGCUUGUCCGGCGGAGCGCGGAGCACACCGGCCGGAGGAUCAGGCUCAUCGGGGCGGCGAACCCGCGAAACUGGUACAUGCUGAAGGACGAGCCGUAUGCGUACGAUCACCUGGUGGACUACAGGGACCGGAAUUGGCCGGAGCAGGUCCGGAGGUUGUCAUCUGGCGGGGUCCACUAUGCAUAUGAUGCUAUAUCCGAGGGAUCGACAGUCAGAGAAGUCAGCUCAACACUCAGAGCGGGCGGCAAGCUGGCGGUGGUAAGAUCAAAGGAGGCCGGCGCGUGGGAGCCCGAGGGUGUCAACACGGAGCCCAUCUACGGUGCGGUCUGGGAAGGCCUGGGCGAGGACAUCGAGUACCACAACCUGGUGGUGCGCACAUCCCCAGCUAAAAGGUCAUUCGCGACCGCCUUCUACAAGUGGCUGUCCGACGGAGGUCUCCUGCAACCCAAUCCGAUCCGUUUGAUGCCCGGUGGGCUGGAAAAUGUCGUGCCAGACGGCUUUGCGGUGUUGGGAACCGGAGUGACGAGUCGAGGUCAUGUGAGGACGGAGCAGCAUAUGAGGCCCAUCAGUGCUGAGAAGCUCGUCUACAAGAUCGAGACCGAGAGGAGAGGUAGCUCCGGUGAUGGUCACAUCGCGUGACUUUGUGAUUAUCGGCCGAAAGCUUAAAGUGUCUUCGAAAUUGUAAAAACCGCCGGAAUUUUCGCAA